GAUGCUUGAAAAAAAAAUGCUGUGGGUAUAAAUCUAUAAUGUGUCAGCAAUGGAUGUGUUGUCUUCUGGGCUUGAACGGGCUGGACAGAUGCUUGCUAUAACCAUUCAGUUCCUGCCGUGAACAUUUUGCUGUGAAAGAGAAUGGAAAAGUAUGAAAACCUGGGACUUGUGGGAGAGGGGAGCUACGGGAUGGUAAUGAAAUGCAGAAAUAAAGAAAACGGAAGGAUAGUGGCUAUUAAGAAAUUUCUAGAAAGUGAAGAUGACAAAAUGGUCAAAAAAAUAGCAAUGCGAGAAAUCAAGCUGUUGAAGCAACUACGGCAUGAAAACUUGGUAAAUCUUUUAGAAGUGUGCAAGAAAAAGAAGCGCUGGUAUUUGGUGUUUGAAUUUGUUGAUCGUACAGUACUAGAUGAUCUUGAGCAGUUUCCAAAUGGACUGGACUUCAACAGAGUUAGAAAGUAUUUAUUUCAGAUCAUUAGAGGAAUAGGUUUUUGCCACAGUCACAAUAUUAUCCAUCGAGACAUUAAGCCGGAAAACAUUUUGGUAUCACAUUCAGGGGUAGUAAAAGUUUGUGACUUUGGUUUUGCACGCACAUUAGCAGCUCCUGGGGAAGUUUAUACUGACUAUGUAGCUACAAGGUGGUACAGGGCACCAGAACUGUUGGUUGGAGACAUCAAAUAUGGCAAAGCUGUGGAUGUUUGGGCAAUAGGCUGUCUGGUGACAGAAAUGCUUACAGGAGACCCACUUUUUCCAGGCGAUUCAGAUAUUGACCAACUAUACCACAUUGUUAAGUGCCAAGGUAAUUUAACGCCCCGACAUCAGGAAAUGUUUUAUAGGAAUCCAUUAUUUGCUGGUGUUACUUUGCCUGAUAUAAAGGAAGUUGAACCCCUUGAAAGGCGAUAUCCCAAGCUCUCUCCCGCAAUAAUAGAUUUAGCCAAGAACUGUUUAGAAAUUGAUCCUGACAAGAGGCCGUCCUGCAUGGACCUUCUGCAACAUGACCUUUUUAUAAAAGAUGGCUUCUCUGAAAAGUUUUCCCAGGAUAUUAGUGCAAAGAAUCAGAGGCUGUCUAAGGACGUCCCAUUAUAUCCAAGGAAAAGCAAAAUCUACAAGAAAGAAAAGGAAGAUUUUUCAGGAGACAAGAAAGCACUGGUAAUACAGGAUUAUAAUACUGAUUCCAAAGCAAAGGAACCUAAAGUUUUAAAAAUAAAAGUAUUGAAAAAUGACUAUGAGAAAGCAGAUAAAGGUGAUGGAUAUUCUGUUACCAGCAAUUUAUACAACGCUGCUUCACUUCAGAAUAGGACAAUCCCUCAUAUGACAUUAAAAGAAUCCAACAACAUUCUGGAACAUCAUAGGAACCAUGGUGGCAUCAUAUCAUCAAUGAAUUACAGCCUUACUGCCAUAUCUCCUCAUGUGACAUCCAACACUACUGGUGUAUGCGGCUCAGGACACAUUACUUUAAGAGGAGAAGAGAAAGGAAAAAUGUAUGUAAGCCCUUUCAGAAAACCAAGCAAACAUUCUCCAGGAAGCCAUUACAAUCAAAACCGUACAAGUUUGGUUACAAAUGACAAGAGUCCCCUUCAAAUAAGCAAGAAAAGAUGGGAGUUUUCCAAGGCUGAUAAGAAACUUCCUGAGCUUACCUAUGGUCACCUGCCUGAACUAAAAGGAGUGGAUGGUGGGGCACUGUACAGUGUCCGCAGUUCAAAAGUAGUGAAGAAAGAGAACAAAACAACACAGGAGUGCCGGAUGCCAUUACUUGGGAUGAUCGAUCUUCAUAAUUCCAGUACAGCCUUGCCACAGGUUUUGGGAAAUACAUUGCAAGAUUCAUCAGAAUCUAAUUUCCCUUCUGUGGAGCAGUAAUAGUGCACUAAAAUGACUCAUUUGAGAUUCAGUUGCUGCAACAUUAUAUACAUGAAACAAGCUAAACACACAUGGCCCAUGCUAAUUCACUACAUCAAUGAGGACCUUACGUUUGGAUACAAAAUUGUACAGCUUUAUUGCUCUGUGUAGAAAAACAUUGUAUUAUUAUCCACUAGCCACACAUUAUUCUCUUCUAUUUUUUCUGUGCAAUAAAGCUGUGAAAUUACUGGA